AUGGCGGCGGCGAGGGCGGCCCGGCGGCUGUGCCACGCGGCGGCGGCGGCGCAGCCCCCGCGCCUGAAGAAGCUCGCGCUGCACCCGCCCAAAUCGCCGUCUAGCCGUUGGGUGCUUCCAGUUUCAGCUGAAUUGCCAGGUUCACGCCUUCACGGCAGCGCAGGAGAAAAGACAUUCCGUGUGAUGGUAGAGGUUCAAUUUGCAGAUGGCAGUACAUUCCAUCUGUCAGCUGAGUUUCUCAGAGUCUACAGCCCAGCAGCUGACAGCAAGAUCAGAUCAAUAGCUGGCGAGAAGGUUAUAUUUGGGCGCCGACAUGUUGGAAUAAUGUCAGCUGAAUCAAUAGGAAACUAUGGAGUCCGGAUACUGUUUGAUGAUUUGCACAAGACUGGGAUCUUCACUUGGGAUUACUUGCACCAUCUGGGUUCUAACAAAUUCAGUCUAUCACGAAAUUAUAUCAGAACUUUGAGGAAACAUGGUCUUAGUCGGGAUCCUCAGAGAAGGAAAUGA